GGGUUAAAUCUUAAAUUUUAUUUUCACAUCGCGUGCGCUCGUCCACGGCCUAGUCGCGCCCCUCCUUGUCAUAGGCAUAGUCGUUACACAGUUACACCCUUCAACGGCUUGAUCCCACGACUCUUAUAAAUUACAAUCAUCAGUCCCUACAAAUUCACAUUUCCACUGAUUUGGGCCAAUAACCAAUGUGUAUCAUGUAUGAUUUAUAUUUAUACACAUAGUACCUAAUAGUCUAAGGUAUUUACUAUUAACUACUUAGUCACAGUCGGUUCAGGUUGUAGACCAUGGUCCUUACUUAAACAUUUUAAAAGUUAGUUCUUAUUAGAUAUAUUAUAAUUGGUCAAUUUCUGUGCCUCGCUUAAUAUUUCUUCAUUCUUCAGGCCUAGUAUCAAGACUCCAGAGUUCUGUGGUUCUAACCGAAUGCGUGGUGAAUAAGCCCUUGAGUCAUAACUAGAUUUUUUCAGCAUAUCUUGUUUCGUUCUUUAAAUUCUUGUUCAUGUUUUCUGUGUUUUAUCAACAUCAGUGGUGCAUCACAUAAAAUCGUAAAUAACAACAAGACCACCAAAAAUAAUGUUUUCUAGAAAAAUACUGUUCUUUAAAAACGCUAUCCAACCAUCAUUUGUACUCAGAACGUACAGAAAUGUGAAGGCAAAACCCAACACACAAUUUAAGAACAAUGAUGUUAAAGGCAACCCUGGUGGUAAUCGUAUGUUGGCCAUGGUUCUGGAUGGAGAAUCUCCUGACGUUUCUGAUGUGACAUUAGAAGAUGUUGAAGAUGGCGAUAAUGAUAUGCUCAAUUCGCACUUGUUUUAUGAUCAGCACAUGAAGGAAAUUGCAAAACAAAAACAAUUUAAAUCAUUUCAGAAUAUUAAACGUAAAUAUUUCAAAAGAAAUAUAGUACAGCCUAAUUUCUUAACAUACUUUGAAAAACAACAAAUAAAAACUUUACACGAUAAGUCCCCUAAAGAAUGGACUCCUCAAACAUUGUCAACAUGCUUUCCAGCAUCACCAGAAGUUAUUAUUAAAAUAUUGAAAUCUAAAUGGACAUCAGAUGAAGGCCAGAAAAUAUUAAGGCAUGAUAAAUUGGUACAGCAAAAUUGGGAACGUUUUCGUAAUGGAUUGUUUAAAGAUAUUUUAUCUGAUGAAUUAAAAAAUCAUUUGCUAAAAUUUUCAGAACGACGACCUACAUUAAUUACACUAGAGCAAGCUGAAGCUCAUAUUCCUAAGCUAGCUGCAGAUUAUUUGAAGCCCCGAGAAUUUGGACAAAUAAUAACUAGUUACCUUGGUGAACCCAAAAAUCCAAUUAAUGAAACAAUUCAAAUUGAAGCUAAAAAUAAACCAAACAUUGAGAUGAUUUAUGAAAAUGACACAACAACUAAAAGUAGUAAGAGACAUUUUACGUUAGACGAAUUCAAAAACGAUUCACGAAAAGAAUCUUUUUCAUUUUACAAUACACCACAAACAUUGUUGACAAAUAAUAAAAGUGUUGACAUAGAAAAGGUUGAAGCUAGUUUACAAGAGAAUACAAGAAUUAUUUCACGCAAAGAAGUUUCUGAAUAUAUUGAUACAAUAAAUGAUUACCCACUCGCUAUUCGAAUACCCAAAAGAGUUUGGAAAGAAGGAUAUGUAUAUAGAGUUAAUGAUUGUUUUUAUGAUGAUAACGGAGAUUUUUUAUAUAGAGUUCCCGGUUUAAUUAAAGAUGAAGAUAGACAACAAACGCAAUAAUAAUAUUCUAUUGAUUU